AAAUAAGACCUGGAAGUUUAUUAGAAAAGGUGUUAGAAAGAUCAACAGCACAAAGUCUGCAGAGAGUUGGCAAUGCGAAGCUUGUCAAAACACUAGAAACAACAAAUGUUAUAGAAACAAGAAUAGACAGAUAUACAGCAUUACUGUUCACAGCAGAUGUAGUAAACAUAGCAGCAGAUAGUUCACAACAGCAAAAAGAAAGAAAAGCAAAAAACACAAAACAGCUAAAAGAGAUAGUUGAAACCAAAGAAAAUAAAAAAAAGGUAGAAUUGAAAGAAGAACUUAAAAAAUAUGAAGCAGGUAAGGAACAGGUAAUAACAGAAAAAAACCAAAAAUAUACAGCACAGAAUCAAGAUAUAAAGGAG